AUGCUGGCCGUCAUGAUGCCCAACACCCUCGCCUUGAAGCAGUGCACCAUCAUGCUGGCCAGUCCAGCAGCAAUAAAUGAAGACAGUGGUGGCGGCGGCAAGUGUAGCGAGCCGCCGGGUGAGUCGCCGGACGAAGUCACUCCUCACAGCUACGAGUGGUAUGAGCGUUCGUUGUCGCCAGACUUGAAGUCCGGCCCCGAGAACGACGGGAUGGCCAUAGUGUCAACCCACUCACUUAGGUAA